AUGGACAUGGAAAAGGCCUUUGAUAGAAUGGAAUGGAAUUUUCUUCUUGCUAUCAUGGAGAAACUGGGUUUCUGUUCAAACUGGAUCACCUGGAUUAGAGCCUGCAUCUCUUCUACUUCCUUCUCCAUUCUCUUAAAUGGCAGCCCCUUUGGUUUCUUCUCCCCUGAGAGAGGUUUGAGGCAAGGAGAUCCUCUCUCUCCUUUCCUCUUCAUCAUUGGCUCAGAGGUCUUCUCUAGACUGAUGUACAGAGAGGAUUGUGCUGGUGCUAUCAGAGGUUUGAAGAUUUCUAGAAACAAUGCAGCAAUUCAUCAUUUGUUGUUUGCUGAUGACCUGCUCAUUUUUGGAAGAGCCAACCUAGCUGAAGCCACUAGCAUAAAAUCUUGCCUUGAGAAGUAUUGUAGAUGGUCUGGCCAGAAAAUUAACUCCUUCAAGUCAUCCAUCCGUUUUAGCAAAAACACUAAUCCUUCUUUAACCUCCUCCAUCUCAGCCAUUCUACCAUACACUUCCAACCCAACAAAGUCACUUUACCUUGGCCUGCCUAUUCUGAUGGGAAACUCGAAAAGAGAUGCUUUCAACUUUAUCCUUGACAAGGUUUUAAGUAAGAUGGAGGGCUGGAGAGCAAAAACUCUAUCCCAAGCAGGCAGACUGGUUCUUAUCAAAUCAGUUGCUGCUACCAUUCCCUCCUAUGCAAUGAGUACAUUUUUGCUCCCCUCUUCUUUCUGCUCUCAGCUGGAUAGGAGUUUCAAAAACUUUUGGUGGGGUUUCCCUCCUGCAAAGUCCAGAAACCUCACUUUAAAAGCUUGGGACACUUUAUGCAUUCCAAAAGACUUGGGAGGUUUGGGAAUCCGGAAGAUGAGAGAGGUUAAUCUAGCCCUGGUUUCAAAGCUAGGAUGGAACCUCUUAUGCAAGGCAGACUCGAUGUGGGUGGCCCAACUCAGAGGUAAGUAUCUUCACUCAAACUCUAUUCUCACCCCCUCUCCCCUUUCUUCUUCCUCUUGGCUGUGGAAAGGCAUCACAAAUUCCAUUUCUGUCAUUUCAAAAGGUGCCUGUCUCAAAAUUCACAGACAAUCCUCUCUCCCCAUCUGGAGCUCCCCGUGGAUUCCCACUCUAAAUUCCUAUAUCCCCAUUCCCUCUCCUCAUCUGAUCCAGCCCCUCCCAAACCUUUUGAUCACUGACCUCUUCUACCACACCUUAAAUUCCCCUGAAACCUACUGGAACAUCCCCUUGAUAAACUAUCUUUUUGAUUCCUCUAGUGCUAGGGAGAUACAGAAAAUCAGGAUAUCAAACUCUCCUUCUGAAGAGUACAUUUGGACUCCCUCCCCAUCUGGUUUGUUCACCUCAAAAUCUGCUUACAAGCUCAUAACCACCCCAAGAAUCUCCACAGCUUCCUCUCCUCUAACCCCCACCCAAUGGAAAGCCCUUUGGAAACUAAAGCUGAUGGAUAGACUAAAAUUAUUCCUAUGGAAAGUUGCUUGGGACAUUGUCCCCUCCAAGACUAGGAUCAAUGCUGUUUUCCCCAUUUCCCAGGCAGACUUAAUCUGCCCCUUAUGCAAAGUAGAAGAGGACUCUCUUCAUCACCUCUUCUUCAGAUGCUUUUUUGCUAGAAUUUCUUGGAGAUCUUCCCAUUGGCCUCUUGAUUCUCUGAAAUGGUCCACUCUUACUUUGCCAAAUUGGAUUAUCGGUAUUCUUUCUCCUAACAAAUAUUUUGGUAUCCCCUUAGUUGACACUCAUCUCUUCCAAAUAUUUGCAACUGUUCUGUGUGAUUCUCUUUGGUUUGCCAGGAAUCAAGCUAUUCACAAUGGAGUUUUCCCCAAAGCUUCUAAAUUUGCUGACAAAAUCAUGAGGCUCUCCUUAGAACACUAUGCAGCCUGGAACACCACCUCUCAACCAAUGAAAGAAAGCUGGAAUCCCCCUCAACAAGGCAGUUACAAGGUCAACUUCGACAUUGCUACUGCAGACCUUUUCUCUAUUCAAGCUGCUGUAUGCAGAGAUGCUAAUGGCCAAAUCAUCAAGACCUUGUAUCAAUACAGCCCCACCUAUGAGCACGCCUAUGGAGAAGCUCAAGCAGCCCUGCUGGCUGCAAAACUGGCCACCUCUUUGAAGAUAGAAUCCUUUGUUUUAGAAGGAAUUUCUGAUAUUGUAAUUUCCUCUUUGCAGCAACCUUCCACUGUUUUGGAUUGGCAAAUAAAUAGCUUAAUUUCGGAUGUUAUUUCUCUUAUUCCUUCCUCCUCUCACUGGGAGGCAAGGAAAGUUACCAGAAGUGCAAACUUCUGCGCCCAUUACGUGGCAUAUUGGGCCGCGGCUAGAGUUUUCUCUGGCUGCAUUCCCACUUUUUUUACUCCAUUUUCUCCCCCCAUUUCCAUCCCCAUCUGUAGUGGAAAAGAUCCACCUCCCACCCUCCCCUCCUUGUGA